AUGCAGAAGGAGGACCUGCGCCGCUGGGCGAAGCUCAGGGGCUCUCAGUGCAGGGGCCCGCCCACUAGGCUGCAGCUAGCUGGGCGGGAGCGGGGGGCGAGGGGCGGGGCCUGGCCCCCCUCCCACGCCCCCCUGACGUCAGUCCCGGGUCGCAGCGGGCUCCUGCACUUGGCGUUUGCCCUCCGGCCGGGAAGCAUGAAGCUGACCGAGUUCCUCUGCGCUUUCUUGUUCGCCGCCUGGUGCUGCUGUCGCUGUGCCGCGGGUGUGCCGGGGGAGGCUGAGCAGCCUGUACCAGAGCAACUGGAGGUGGAUGUAGGCAGCACUGCGCUCCUGAAGUGUGGCCUUUCCCAUGCCCAGGGCAACGUCAGCGUGGACUGGUUUUCUGUCCACAAGGAGAAGCCUACACUCAUCUACCGCGUUCGCCAGGGCCAGGGCCAGAGUGAACCUGGGGAAUAUCAGCACCGGCUCAGCCUCCAGGGCAGAGGAGGUACACUGGCCCUGGCUCAGGUCACCCCCCAUGAUGAACGCAUCUUCCUGUGCCAGAGCAAGCGCCCACAGUCCCAGAAACAUCGUAUCCAGCUCCAAGUCUACAAAGCUCCAGAGGAGCCAAGCAUUCAGGUCAACACCGUGGGAAUCUCUGUAAACAGUGAGGAGCCUGAGGAGGUUGCGACCUGCGUGGGGAGGAAUGGGUACCCAAUUCCUCAAGUUACCUGGUAUAAGAACCGGCUGCCCUUGAAGGAGGAGAAGAACAGUGUUCACAUCCAGUCAUCCCAGAUUGUGGAGUCAAGUGGUCUGUACACCCUGAAGAGUGUUCUAAAGGCACGACUGGUUAAAGAAGACAAAGAUGCCCACUUUUACUGUGAGCUCAGCUACCGGCUGCCCAGUGGAGGCUACAUGAAGGAAUCUAAGGAUGUCACUGUCCCUGUUUUAUACCCCGCAGAAAAGGUGUGGAUGGAAGUGUUGCCUACGGGAAAACUGAAGGAAGGUGAUCGAGUAGAAAUCAAGUGUUUGGCAGAUGGCAACCCUCCACCCCAUUUCACCAUCAGCAAGCAGAACCUCAUCACCAAGAAGAUGGAGGAACAGGCAACCGAGCACGAUGGGCUCCUGGUCCUGGAGCCCGCCCGGAAGGAGCACAGUGGGCUCUAUGAAUGUCAGGGCCUGGACUUAGACACCAUGAUGUCGCUGAAUGAAGAGCAGGAGCUGCUAGUGAACUAUGUGUCAGAUGUCCGGGUGAGUCCCUCCACCCCUGAGAGCCAGGAGGGUAGCAGCCUCACCUUGACCUGUGAAGCAGAGAGUAACCAGGCCCUUGAGUUUCACUGGCUGAGAGAAAAGACAGGCAAGGUGCUGGAAAAGGGGUCUGUACUACAAUUACACAGCUUGAAACGGGAGGCAGGGGGAGGCUACCUCUGUGUGGCAUCUGUGCCCAGUGUCCCAGGCCUGAACCACACACAACGGGUCAAUGUGGCCAUUUAUGGGUCCCCGUGGAUGGCAUCCAAGGAGAAGAAGCUGUGGGUGAAAGAGAAUGAGGUGACAAGUCUGUCUUGUGAGGCUUUGGGACAUCCUCGACCCACCAUCUCCUGGAAUGUCAACGGCACUGUGCAUGAAGAAGACAAAGAUCCGCAGCGUGUCCUGAGCACCCUGAGUGUCCUUGUGACCCCAGAGCUGUUGGAGACAGGCGCUGAAUGCGUGGCCUCCAACUCCCUGGGCAGAAACACUACUGUGAUUUUCUUGGAGCUGGUCAAUUUAACCACCCUCCCACCUGACUCCACCACCUCCACUCACCUCAGCACCUCCACUGCCAGUGCCCAUGCCAGAGCCAACAGCACCUCCACAGAGAAAAAGCUGACAGAAUCAGAAAGCAAGGGUGUGGUCAUCGUGGCUGUGAUUGUGUGCAUCCUGGUGCUCGCUGUGCUGGGCGCUGUCCUCUAUUUUUUCUACAAGAAGGGCAAGCUGCCUUGUGGGCGGUCAGGCAAACAAGAGAUCACGCUGUCCCCGUCGCGUAAGAGUGAAAUUGUAGUUGAAGUUAAGUCAGAUAAACUCCCAGAAGAGAUGGGCCUCCUACAGGGCAGCAACGGUGACAAGAGGGCUCCCGGAGACCAGGGAGAGAAGUACAUCGAUCUAAGGCAUUAA